AAAAAAAUAAAAAAUGAAAUUUUACGGAAUAUUAUCUAAAGAAUAUUAUGAUGCGUUUAAAUCUAGUGAAUUUUAUGAUAUUGAAAUAUUAGUUGGAAAGAAACCAGAUAUUAAAAAAUUUAAGUUACAUUCUUUAAUAUUAAAAAUACGAUCACCUUUUUUUCGUAGUGAAUUAUCAAAUAACAAGAAAUUAAAAUAUGAAAAUAAUAUUAUUAAAUAUGAAAAACCAAAUAUUUCCGUAAAGGUAUUUGAUAUUCUUGUAAGGUAUAUAUAUGGCGGUAAUAUUGAUGUUUAUAAGAAUGACGUUAAAACAAAUAUUUCACUUUUAGUCGCGGCCGAUGAAUUACGUCUUUAUUGUUUAAACGGUGUUAUUAUACCACAUCUUUUUAAAGAUCAAGAAUUAUUAAGACAAAAUUUCGUUCUUAUUCAACAUGUUAUAACGAAACACACUCAAUUUCCAAGAUUAACUCAAUUUUAUAAAACAACUAUUAAACAAGAUCCUUCUAUUAUCUUCAAAACGGGUGACUUUGUCACUAUUGAAAAAGAUGUCUUACUAAAUCUGGUGAAAAAUAAUACUUCUUUUAAACAGAUUGAUGUUUGGGGUAAACUUAUAGAAUGGGCAAUUGCACAAUCUCGAGAAUUAUCAUCGGAUACGACAAAAUGGACUAAAGACAAUAUAACAACAUUUGGGAACUUAAUUCAACCAUUUAUUCCACAUAUUAAAUUUGAAGAAAUCAGUCCCAAAGAUUUCUCUCAAAAGAUCAAACCAUUUAAGAGUAUUUUCGAUAUAGAUUUUUACGUACAAAUACUUGAAUAUUAUUCUUCAAAUGAAGAAUCUCAUUCAAAAUUUGGAAUAAAUUUAAUGAAAAUAGAUUCUAGAAUUAUUAAUUCUGAUCAUGCACUUUUAAUUGGAAAUUUUAUUAAGAUAGCAGCACAAUAUGGUAGGGAUGUUACUUUUGAUUUUGAAUUACUUGUACGUGGAAGUAGGGAUGGAUUUGAUCUUCAAAACUUUCAUGAUAAUUGUAAUGAGAAAGGUCCUACUAUUACUAUUGUUAGUGUUAAAAAUACUGAUGAAAUACUUGGAGGUUACAAUCCUUUAAAUUUUGGAUCGACGAGAGAAUAUUAUGUUUGUGAGGAUAGUUUUCUUUUUUCUUUAUUACGGUAAUGCGGGGCAUAG